UAGAGCUUGUGCGCAGGCGCACUAUGGAGGGACGAGGCCUCCCCCGCGGAAUCGCGCAUCUGCGCAGUCGGUGUUUAUUGUGACCGACGGGCCGCGGCCCCGGAUGUUGUGGCUCCCGGGGGGGAGAUGGCGGAGGCAGAGGGGGUGGCCGCGGCCCCAGGCCCAGCUUCGGGGCCUACUUUGAGGGGUCGCCGCACUAUGUCAGGCUCCUGGGAGCGAGACCAGCAGGUUGAGGCGGCGCAGCGGGCCCUGGUGGAGGUGCUGGGGCCUUACGAGCCUCUGCUGAGCCGGGUGCAGGCAGCCCUGGUGUGGGAGCGGCCAGCCAGGAGCGCCCUGUGGUGCCUGGGGCUGAACGCGGCUUUCUGGUUCUUUGCACUGACAUCCCUUCGUCUUGUAUUUUUACUUGCGUUCAGCUCAAUGAUCAUUGUGUGUAUAGAUCAAUGGAAGAACAAAAUCUGGCCUGAAAUAAAAGUGCCAAGACCCGACGCAUUAGACAAUGAGAGCUGGGGCUUUGUGCACCCUCGGUUGCUCAGCGUGCCUGAGCUCUGCCACCACGUAGCUGAAGUCUGGGUUAGUGGGACCAUUUUCAUAAGGAAUCUUUUGCUUUUCAAAAAGCAAAACCCAGGCAAGUUCUGCUUGCUGAGCUGUGGGAUACUGACCUUUUUGGCCGUUUUGGGCCGCUACAUCCCUGGGCUCUUGCUGUCCUACUUAAUACUUGUCACUGUCAUGAUGUGGCCCCUUGCUGUGUACCACCGACUGUGGGAUCGAGCAUAUGUACGGCUGAAGCCAGCUCUGCAGCGGCUAGAUUUCAGUGUCCGUGGCUACAUGAUGUCGAAGCAGAGAGAGAGACAAUUGCGCCGCAGAGCUCUACACCCAGAGCGUGCCAUGGACAACCACAGUGACAGCGAAGAGGAGCUUGCUGCUUUCUGUCCUCAGCUGGAUGAUUCUACUGUUGCCAGGGAAUUGGCCAUCACAGACUCCGAGCACUCGGAUGCUGAGGUCUCCUGUACAGACAAUGGCACAUUCAAUCUUUCACGGGGCCAGACACCUCUAACAGAAGGCUCUGAAGACCUAGAUGGUCACAGUGAUCCAGAAGAAUCCUUUGCCAGAGACCUUCCAGACUUCCCUUCCAUUAAUGUGGAUCCUGCUGGCCUGGAUGAUGAGGACGAUACCAGCAUUGGGAUGCCCAGCUUGAUGUACCGUUCCCCACCAGGAGCUGAGGAGCUCCAGAACCCUCCUGCCAGCCAGGACGAGGCUGUACUGCCGGAGCUCCUGCUUGGUGCCCUGCCUGCAGGAUCCAACCUCACCAGCAACCUUGCCAGCCUGGUCUCCCAGGGCAUGAUUCACCUGGCCCUGUCAGGGGCCUCCCAGCCAGGCCCUUCUGGCCCCCCUCCCCGGAGAGCAACAAGAGGCUUCCUUCGGGCCCCUAGUUCAGACCUGGACACUGAUGCUGAGGGGGAUGACUUUGAACUUCUGGACCAGUCAGAGCUGAAUCAGCUGGACCCUGCCAGUUCCAGGAGCCACUGAGACAGAGACUCCUUUUGGGGGUCACUGUGGUUUAGGUUUUUUUUCUCCCUAUCCCACUUAAGGUGAAGGGGCAAGGGAAGAACCCAGGUCCCAUCCACUGAAUUCUAUAUGUAUGCUUGGUGGCCUGGCUGAAGCUCAGGCCUGCUGAGAGAGGAUACUCGCUCCCCGGCUACCAGCUGGACGCCCAUUUCUGAGCUCAAUCACUGCAGUGAGAGUGCUCCCCCAGGGGAGGCUUCUCCAUCAGAAUGGUACUUUUGGGGAACAAAGUAAUCAGGGGUAUUGGUUCCCCUUUGAGGGGGUGCUGCUGUUUGCUUCUAGGUAUGGGUGCUCGGGGGCCCUCAGUGAUAGAAGCCACCCUUUCCUUCCUUCCUCCCUCCAUCUCCUCCCUGGAGCUCCAAGUCAGGCAGCAGCUGGAAGAGUUACAUUGCCAUCCUCUUUUGCUAAGCCAUGAUUUGAUUUGUCUUUUUCUAAGCAAAUUUUUUGGUUCUGCAGAGCAGGCCUGCUCCCUCUGCCCCAGCCCAUCCUCAUUUCUUGAGGCUUAACCUCCAGUGCUCCAAAGUAGUGCUUGUGAAAUUUAGGAAAUGUGAACAUGAUGUGAGGGUCGGCCUCUUCAACAUUACCUUGGGCUGUGGGGUCAGCUGGCUGAGAGGGCGGGUGCCUCUAUAUCUCAUGGUCUCAUGGAAUCUUCUGAAGCUGCCUGGUUAUUUUUGGUGCUGCUAACCCCUGGCUCCAUUUGACCAUCAGCCUGAGCAACGAGCAAAGCAAUACCAUACCAUAUCCAUUUCCAUGUUCCCGUUCCUUCCCCUGCUCCUCCUUUGGAGAAGCAAUAAUUGCAUGGGGGGUGUCAAAGUAGCACUUUACAAAUGGCUCAUUGGCAUUCACCCCAGGAGCCACCAGCUCUUCUUGCACCAGCUCUUCUUACUCCUGAUUCAGUUCCUUUAAUAGUUUUAUUUUCAGUUGCUUCCCACUUGGCAGGGCCUCUUUUAAGGAUGAGCCCAGUUAGCAAGAAUGUGUCUGUAGUCAGAAACCCCUCUAAGGGGUAUCUGUUCUACUGUCAUGCUAGAGAAAGACUAAAAAUGGCAAUUCUAGACCUGUGCCAGACUACAGCCUCUCUCUGCUUCCCCAAUCAGAGCUCAGGCCAAACUCUUCUGUCCUUUUGCCCUCUGCAUUAACCCUUUGCUGAUCCUCAGGGACCACUCCCCCAACACUCCCAUACCUGGGCAAGGGAUGUUGGACAGAGCCCAUUUUCAUGUGCUGCAGGUGGGAGUGUGCUAACAUGUUUGCUCUUGGUUGAUGGACAAGGUAGAGGCUGGGAGUGAAAAGAGUGAGAAGGGAGAAGAGCUAGGUGCCUGUUUCAUAGUCACUUGUGUGUGAAGAUUUGGGGUAAUGGCAUCUCCCCACUUUAGGGUUCUCAGACUUUGGACACCUCCUCUCUUCUCAGAGCCCAGAUGUCUCACAGGUGAACUCUGAUAGGGAAAAACACAGGAGUGUGGGAGAGGAGCGGGUUUUGGUGUGUUUGCAUGAGUGUGUGUAGCUUCAGGCCUUGGAAGUUGGCAAGAGGGAGGGAGGAAGGAGAGCAAAAUCUUCAGAGGGUGUUUCUUGUACCUGGGGGAUCCUGCUCUGAAUCUCCUUAGUCCUCCACUGUGAACUGGGGUGGGGAUGGACGGGAGGGGGGAGGGAGGGAGUGGUGCUGGGGAAUAAAUCUUAUAUGAGA